AUGGAUCCACAUUCUGAGGAUGAUUUCAUUGAUUAUUUGCAGGAAAAAUAGACAAUUUAAGACAAAUUCGAGGAGUCAAAUAGAUACAAUUAAAAGCUUCACCCAGUUUUCAUAAGCAAAUUAACUGAAAUUCAACAACAAGUUGAGAGUAUUGAGUUCGAUCCAGAAAUAUAAUUAGAAUAAGAUAUCAAAAUUAGAGAAAGCUUAGUUCAAUAUUUAAGAUUGAGGCCAAAAAAAUAGUAAAUGCACAUUUAGAUAUUCAGAAAGCUUAUUAAAAGUAAAUCAACUGAUAUGAUCCAGGAAUAGAAAGACCAAAACUAAAAAUAGAAUGACAAGCUGUAAUUGAAUAAUGCUGAUUAAGAUGAAUAAAUAAUUGUUGAACACAAUAAGAAUCAAUAAUUAAUCGAAACAAAAAGACCAACUGAAUCCAAUAAUGAAUCGAGCGUUGUAGAAAUCUAGAAAGAGAUUAUUAUUUAGGAAAUUUCUCAACUUUCCGAGAGAUUGGUUGAAUUGUAUUUUGACCAGAAUAACUAAGAAUUAUUAUCCUAAUAGCUUGAAAGAAAGUUGAAUUAAUCUGAAAAAGCUUAAAAUGAAACUUACCUUUAAAAUAUAGUCCAGAGAUAUUUGAAGCAGGAGUUAGAAAAAGAUGAUUUGCUCCAAAAUGAUACAUUCAUUGAGCAGUUUUCAAACCUUAUAGGAUUGGAUAAAUAUUAGUCUAUUGAUGAUAUUAUAUCUGAUAUCUAAGAUUUUUAAGAAGGAGUAAAUGAUUUUUUUGGCAAUUCAAGCUUUGUAAAAUUCAUUUGUAUUUGUCCAGAUAAUUCUGUUUCCAAGAUUGCUGGCAAGUAUAAUUCUCAAAAUACUAUUUUGAUUUUAGAUAAGAUUAAAAAUCCAAGAAGUAUUGGAUUUUAAAAACAAGAAUAAGGGAUUCAAACAAAUUGUUCAGAAUUGAUUUACAGUUAAAAUGGGAAAAGGAAUGAUAAAUCAGUAGAUGUAUGCACUCAAUGCAACAAAGAUAUAUACUUUACAGAUGAAUAUAUCUGUCUUUGGGAUUGCAGGCAUUCAUAUCAUCGAAUUUGCUUAAUUAAGCAUGUGGCGAAUGUUACUGAGAAGAAAUUUUAUCUAACAAUAAAAGAACAAGAUGCUUUAUCUUUAGUAGUCUUUUCAAUAUGCCCACUUUGUGAUAAAAAUAAAAAUAUUUUGGACUAACCAGUUUAUAAGGAGAAUGUGAUUGGUGAUUUACUGAAGGAAAAAGGCUAGGCAUUUUACGAUAAAAUGAAGGAGAGAUUAGCUUUAGAGUAGUAAGUUUUGCAAGAGGAAUUAAACUCAAAGCAAAAGCAUGUUAGUCCAAAGAAACUUAAAUCAAUCAGUGAAUUUGAAAAUGAAAAUGAUGAGACCAUACACCAUAAUAUUGAAGAGAAAAUUGGAAAUUAUAACUCUAGAAACCAAAUUGUAACAAGUACUUAAUCCUGUGAUCAUGAGUAACAGCUACAGAGAAGAGAACGAUAGCUUUUUCAUAAAGUAACUAAGAAGAUUUCAGUCCAAAGCACCAAAUAGUAAAAUUAGUUAGCAACAACUUAGUUGAUGAUGGCAAACUAAAACUAAGAAGAUCAGGCUGAAAAGCCUCAGUUCAUUCUUGCUUAAACUGAUAACAUGAUGUUUACCAUUCAAAAGAAAACUAAUAGAGUGGUAUUUCCUAAUUGUUCCUGCUAGGAGACCAUAGGAAUGGAAUCUUUAAAUUUGCUCUUUGGCAAAGAUGUAGUCUAAAAGGCCUUAUUUAAGGCUAUUGCCAGUCACAAUUUGAGCAAUGGAGAAUGUGAUAAUUGUGGCGCUGAAGGAUUAAGAGCUAAUUCUCAUCAUUGUAAUGAAGAUCAUGAACUUUGUGAAUUAUGUUACCAGUUAGAAGAGUGUAAGGCAUGUCUGAAACCUAAAGAGUCCUACCAAGCAGACGAUCAAUCAGAUAAUGAUUAAUACUUUCACAUCGAGUAUUAAACAGAACUUGGAGAAACUGUUCGAGGUCCACUCAACUAUAGCAGACUCUCUAGAGAUAAAUACUAAAGCAGUAGAGAUAAUAGUUCCUAAAUUAAAAAACAAAAUACUCACUAGGACAGAGAUUCUUCGCCAUCUAAAAAUGAGAUUAAGGAUCAUAAAAUUUAAAGAUAUUAAACUGAGCGAAAUGACACCAAAGAAUGCUCUUGCAAAAUUACAAAGGAUUUUGUAAUUGCAAAUUUCGGCAAGUUGAUAAUAAAUGAUAUUGAUGAGAAUGAUCGUAUAAAUUGUCUGCAAUGUCAAGGCAAAAUCUAAAAAAGCGUUAUAAGAAAUGUGAUAAGUAAUUUCUCUACAACUUAGAACAAAAAAGAAGUGGUAAAGAGUGAAGUCUAAACCCCUCAAUUUAAAGAAAUCACUUCCAGAUUUAAGUAGCAACAGCAGGUUCUAUAAGUGCAAAAAAUAAUAAACUUUGUAGAUUCUAAAUGCUCUGUCUGCAAUUAAUUCAAACCUUCAGCUAAAAUAUGUGACAAAAGAUGUAAUCAUAAUGUGUGUAAAUACUGUAUCAAGCAAGCAAUCGUAGACCCUUUUAUGUAAGAAAUACUCAAUAGAUAAAAGAUAAAAAAUGAGUUGAUAGCCUGUCCUUACAAAGACUGCUCGAAGAUACUGACUAAAGAUACACUUUUAUAGCUGAUUAAUACCUUAGCUCCAAAGAUGCUCCAAAACGGCAUUGAAGAUAAGGUUGAGAUUCUUUAUGAUCAAGAAGAUGAAAUUCUUAGUUUUCUGGACUAAUCAAAAUGGAUUCAAAUCUGCUUGAAAUGUGAAGAUGAGACUUGCAUAGUUUGCUAAAACUAAAUUGAUGAAUGUGUUUGUAAGCGAUGUGAAAUGUGCAAAUCAGCUAAUCUUGUAAAGAGACCUCAAACUAAAUCCUAUUACUGUCCAAAUUGCAGCAAGCAUUUUUGUGAGGCUUGUGACUAAUCAAUAAACUAAUGCAAAUGCUAUGAGAAAAGAUAGAGUAAUGCAAGUAUCAGAAAGAAUUCAUUAAAGAAGCAUUCACCUACUUUGAAAGGUGAUUCGAUAAUUCACAAGAGAGAAUUUGAUACUGCCAGUUAUUAGCAGUAGCAGCCAUCAGGAAUAUCUAAUUUCCUUUCAGAUAUGCUAGAUAAAGCUUUUGGUUCCAUAAAUAGAAAUGAAUGUUGA